AUGCGUCUCUCCAUUUUCCUCGCAGCAGCACUUGCUACGCUUGUCAAAGCCGAUGAUAAAUCCAGCACCGAGAUUGUUGGCUACUUCUCUCCUUCCUGGGAUGUCGGAAUGCUUGAGUAUGGCGGCUGGACAAGCACUGCUGCCAGUCUCGCCAGUCUCAAUACCAAGGCUGCCACGUACCAUGUCGGCUGCUCAAAAGAUGCCCCCAAGACAGAUUGCAAUAUGAAGAAUUCAUACACGAUCAUACAGGGUCCUGAGACCGUGAAUGUCGAUAUGAUCUACACCGCUUCUACUUCGAACAAAGAAAGUUCAUACGAUCUCACUGUUACCGAGUCCUGGGACUGCUCUAUGAAGCAAUCCACCUUGUCACUCAAGUGUACAAUGAGUAUCGGCGUUACUGGCACCCAGGAUGGUGCCUCUUAUGUAUCCUCCACAUCUACCAAGAAAGAUUAUCCCACGGUGACAGUUGCCACUGACUAUUAUCAGUUGACGGUCACUGCAGGGUUGGCUUCUGCGACUCAGACUGCUGGUGCUGCUGCUGGUCCUGCGGCUGCUUUGAUUACAGCUGCUCCAAUUUUUGCUGCUGCAGUGGCUGCUAUGCUGUGA